AUGGGCGCUCGCGACGCGUCGCGCGCGUGCGCGAUAUGCAGCGAGGACGUGGACGCCCUCCGCGGCGUCCCUCGCGAGACCACGUGCGCGCACGUCCUGUGUCAGGACUGCGCCAAGCUGUGGUUCGGCUCGGAGACGACGUGCCCCGCGUGCAACGCGCCGCAGAAGACUGAAGAUGCGCGGACCGAGAAGACCGCCGAGAAGGCGUCCGAGGGUGCGAACGCGUCGUCGUCUUCGAGGGAGACGCGAGACGCCGAGGACGAGCGCGAGAUGCGAGGCGCGGCGUCGGCGUUCCUCCUCCCCGCCAACCCGAACGACGCGAGCGCGAGCGCUGCUAACGCGGACGCUGACGCGUCGAACGUCGCGCGCGUGCUCAUGGAGCGACUCGGCGAGGAGUGGCGCAAGCUGUCGACGCGAUGCUCGACGCUCGAGCGCGAGAACGCCGCGCUGAGCGACGAGUGCGCGUCGCUGAAGCGCGCGCUGUCGAGACAGAAGGCGCUGACGGACGACGCGGAAGGCGGAGGAGGAGGAGGAGAGCUGAGGGCGAUGCCGUUGGAAGCGCUCGACGCGACGCUCACGGAGGACGAAGACGAAGACGGCGGCGGCGACGGCGGCGGCGGCGGCGGCGACGCGGCGGCGGCGUGCGAACCCUCCGAGCUCCGCUGGCGUCGCGCCGCGUCCUCCUCCUCCUCGACGAUUCACUGCGUGUCGUACGAGACGUCCGACGAGCCCCUGCACGCGUGCGCGACGCACCCGACGUCUUCUCGCGACGUCGUCGUCGUCGCGUCGUGGGACGGCGUCGCGACGAUUCACGAGGCGACGACGACGACGACGACGCGCGUCGGACGCAGCAGAGUAUUGUCGGAGAAUACUACUACAGGGACUCCUACGCGUCGGACGCCGCAUCACCUCCACCACCGCGACUACGCCCCGAUCGCGACGCUCGUCGGCCACGACGCGGGGCUGUACGCCGUCGCGUUCAGGGCGUCGGACGAGAAACUCGUCGGCACCGCGUCCGGCGACGGCGGCGUGAGGCUAUGGGAUUGGUCCGACGUGUCCGACAGUGUCGCGCCGUGUGUCCGACAUAUUCGCGCGCACGACGGCGCGGAGGUCAACGACGUCGCGUUCCAGGACGGCGGCGGCGCGAGGUGGCUCGUCACCGCGUCGGACGACGGCACCGCGCGCGUGUACGACGUGGCCACCGGCGCGCGCGUCGGCGUCGCCGAGGGACACGGCGCGGAGGCGCGUUCUAGUAUCGCACUGGGUCCCUCGCUUUCAAUCCAGACACACCGCGCGCGACGCCUUUCAACUCCGCUUCUGACGCCUUUCAACUCCACCCCGACGUUCGCUCGUAUGGACGAUUACCCUCAGGUGUACGGCGCGCGGUUCGGGCCGGGCGCCAGCGGCGGCGCGCACGCCGACGUCAUCGCGACCGCGUCGUUCGACGGCACCGUCAAACUCUGGGAUACGCGCGCGCCGGGUACGAAUACCGCGGGUAAUGCUAGUAACGGCUCGUUCGCGUGCGUUUCUACGCUCGCGGGGCACGCGGACGACGUCGUCGGCGUCGACUUCCGCCCCGGCGGGACGUACGUCGCGUCCGGGUCAGACGACGGCACCGCGCGCGUCUGGGACCUCCGAACCGGCGCGUGCGUCGCGACGAUCGACGGCGGCGGGGAGGUGAAGAGGGUGGCGUGGAGCCCCGACGGCGGCGCGAUCGCGAGCGCGUGCGGCGGCGGCGUCGCGCGCGUGACGCCGUCGAGCGGCGGGACGUUCGCGGCGGCGGUCGCGUCGUCGGCGUCGGCGUCGCUGGGCGGCGGGGGACCGGGAGGAGGAGGGCACGCAGACGUCGUGUUCGACGUCGCGUGGACGCGGGACGGCGGGACCGUGAUCACGGCGUCGCACGACGCGACGUGGAGGACGUGGAGCGCGUAG